AUGGCGGAGAAGAAGAAACAACCACUGAGCCUCAAUGAGCGUCACAACCGGCUCCUCCAAGACCUCUCCGCUUCUCAAUCUCGCCCCCAGUCUUCAAUUCCUCCUCCUCCUACUGGGAAAAUGAUGGAAUCGAAGGUCAAGCUCGAAGGUAGACGCCGUCUCUGUAAACAUUCAUCCAGAGAUAGCGGCUACAGCGACGAUGUUCCUAAGUUCUCGGGAAUCGCUGAUUUUGAUUCUCCUUCUCCAGAUGAAACAAAACCAUCAAAGAUCGAGCUUGAAGGCUGUAGCAUUUUUGGAAGAGAUGAUGAUGAUGAUUGUGAGCACAAGCCUACGUUAAAUAGACCCAAUUUUUCUGAAAUUAUUGAUUUUGAUUCUCAUCCUCUAGGAGAAAAGUCGUCACAAGGAAGCACAGAGGCCAUAGCUUCAUCCAGGCAGAAUGGUAAAGAAGAGAAGAAGCAAAUGAAGGUAAAGGUUCAAGGAAGACGACGGCUCUGCAAGGCUCCAUGCACAGGUGAUAAUGAUGAUGGAGAGCCCAAGAAGAGAACUGAAAAUGAUGAGCCAAAAUUCUCUGGGCUUUCUGAUUUUGAAUCAUCACCUCCAGUGGAAAAUACAAUUAUGGAUAUUCUCAAUGAUUUAAGCUCAAGGCUUGAGACUCUAUCAAUCAAAAAGAGACAAGCUCCUAAAACUGUUGAUUGGAGGGAAGAUUCCUCCGUUAAAUUUUUUAACGAAGUGAAGAAUCAACAGAAAGAAGAGGAACUUCUGGGAUUUACAAGUGCUGCUUCUUCAUUUUCGCUAUCAUCCGAACCAUCCGAUUCCUCGUCGGGUGCAACUGAUGAGUCUAGGGUCAGAGCUGGUGUUAAUACAUUGGUGAAUGGGAAUGAAGAGGCAAAUGAUAUUCUAAGUGAUUCUGAGGGCAAAAUUUUUGUAGGUAGGGUCAACAAAAUCAAGAAUUUUGGUGGGAAAUCAGUGUGUACAGGACAAUCCAUUGGAUCCAAUGUUGCAGUCCAAGAAGAGGAUGAUGACGAUGAUGAAGAUUGUGUUGUUUUGAGUCAGAGAAAAGUUGUUAAAGAAGCGAAGAGUGGAAGUGGCAAGUUUGGGCAGUUAUCUGAUGAUUCUGAUGAGGUUGAUGUAUUGGAUGAUUACGGAGAUGAUUCUGUUUCAGGUGAUGAUGAUUCAAUUACAUUGAAAGGCCCUAAGUCAAUGUAUAAGUUACCUGGAAAAAUUUCAAAAAUGCUUUAUCCCCAUCAGCGUGAUGGUUUGAAGUGGCUUUGGUCUUUACAUUGUCAGGGAAAGGGAGGAAUCUUGGGUGAUGAUAUGGGUUUAGGGAAGACAAUGCAGAUUUGUGGCUUUUUGAGUGGAUUAUUUCACUCUUCUUUGAUCAAAAGGGCAUUAAUUGUUGCACCCAAGACACUGUUACCCCAUUGGAUUAAAGAGUUAUCCACUGUUGGCCUGUCUGAGAAGACGAGAGAGUAUUUUGGGACUUGUGCAAAAUCUAGGCAGUACGAGCUUCAGUAUAUACUUCAGGACAAAGGUGUUCUUCUCACGACUUAUGACAUCGUGCGGAAUAACAGAAGAUCUUUAUGUGGAGAUUAUUACUUCCAUGAUAAUAAUAGUGAGGAUGAGAUUAUAUGGGAUUAUAUGAUACUUGAUGAGGGGCAUCUCAUAAAGAAUCCAAGUACACAAAGGGCCAAAAGUUUACUUGAGAUACCUUGUGCUCAUCGUAUUAUUAUAAGUGGGACACCAAUUCAAAAUAAUCUCAAGGAACUGUGGGCCUUGUUCAACUUCUGUUGUCCUGAGCUUUUGGGUGACAAGAACUGGUUUAAGGAUAAAUACGAGUAUUUCAUUCUUCGUGGAAAUGAAAAAAAUGCAUCUGAUAGGGAAAAGUGUAUUGGCUCAACAGUUGCAAAGGACUUAAGAGAACGUAUUCAACCCUAUUUUCUGCGUCGUUUGAAAAGUGAGGUAUUUCAUGAAGAUGAUAGCACCACCACUGUGAAAUUGUCCAAGAAGAAUGAGAUUAUUGUGUGGCUAAGAUUGACCAGUUGCCAGCGUCAGUUGUAUGAAGCUUUUUUAAAUAGUGAGCUGGUUCUCUCAGCAUUUGAUGGCUCACCUUUGGCUGCGCUGACGGAUGCUUUAUAUGGGUUUUCACUUAAGGUGAAUCCAUUAGAAAUGCAGGAACUUAAAGUCGACUCCCAGCCUAUUUGGCCUGUAAAUCAGCAUUAUACUAGUAUUAGUCUAGAGUUCAUGACUUUAAGAAGUUAG